AUGUCCGCGGACGCCUUUUCCGCCGCACCAUUCGGCUCCCCCUACCACUCUUCCGCCUCUGUCAUCGCAACCUUCCCCGCGAGCUCCCCCGCGUCCCCGUUCCCCGCGCCGUCGUGCGCGGGCUCGUGCUUCUUCCCCGCGGCAGGGGCUCCGCCUGCACCCCCGCCAACCCUUCCGCUUGCGCCAACGUUGCCCCCGCCGCUUCCGCUUCCGCCGCCGCGGCAGGUGGACUGCCGGCGCAUGAACCCGCCCCUGGGGCGGCUGAUUUCGCGCCUGUGCGGGUUCCAGUCGGGGAUUAUGCAGCGCCGCCAGCACGUGUUCGUGAUGCACCACGGGGAGCGCGCGGACGCCGCCGACCCCCUUUGGGCGCGCAGAGAGGGCGCGGAACGCGCGUGGGACCCGCCCCUGUCGGAAUGGGGGAAAUAUCAGGCCUAUGAGGUGGGCAUGAGGCUGAGGCAGGAGGGGUGGGGAGUCACGCGCAUAGUGUGCGCGCCGUACCUGCGCUGUGUGGAAACCGCCCUCGAGCUGCUGCUCGCACUCACUGACGCACAACCCCUUCCUCCUCCCUCCUCCUCUGCUCCCACCGCUGCUGCCUCUGCUACUGAUUCUGAUGCGGGUGCUGGUGGUGGUAGCAUUGGCGGCAGCUUUGGCGCCGGCAGCAGCAGCAGAAUCAGCAGCAUGGUUCCAGGGGGCAGUAGUUUUGAGACGUCUCAAAACGCCGGCAGCAGCAGAAUUAGCAGCAUGCAAUCCUCCCUCACGCCUCAGCCGAGCCUAGCCCUUCCUCCGGACCGCAAGCGCAAGUUCGGCAUGUGGGACGGGGCAUGGCAGGGCGCGGGGGGCGUGGGGGGGGGGGAGGUGCGCGUGGCAGUGCACUACGGGCUGCACGAGGUGGUGAGGCAGGCGGAUGGGGGGGCGGGGAGUAGUGCAGCAGCAGCACCAGCACCAGCAGGAGCAGCAGCAGCGGCAGCUGCAGUGGAGCUGUUUGUACAGUCUGGGGAGAUGGGGGGGGUAGGGAUGGGCGGUGGGCAAAUGAGAACAUCACCCGGACAGGGACAAGAAAGGGGUGAGAGGCAGUUUCAAGGACAGGAACAGGGGCUGGGGCAGGGGCAGGGGCUGGGGCAGGGGCAUGGGCAGGGGCUGAGGCAGGGGCAGGGGCAGGGGCAGAAUGAGGGAUUCUGUACUGUAGCUGGCAACACUGGCAGCAGUGCUGCCGCCUCGCUGGCACCUCGUGACUGGCUGGAAGGCAUGUUCCCGCCAGGCUCUGUGGACAGGAUUCUGCCAGUUGUCGCUCGGUCGGCGACUGCUGCUGCUGACGUGGCACUGCCAGGCUGGCCUGAGGACGUGGAGGAGGCAGCGUUGCGGCUGCUGCGGUCGAUUGACCACGUGGCAGAGCAGGUGGGCAUUGGAAGGGGAGCUGGUGGGCAUGGAAUCAGGUGGGCAGAAAAGGGGAUGGGAAAAAGGGAUGUGCAGGGAGGUUUGACGGGGGGUGUGGCUGUUGCGGUCAAUUGA